GGAAAUAGGUAUAAUAUGGAGAAAGGAAUGUGGUCAGAUACAUUUUAUGUUGUUUUUAACAUUGAAAUUUUUCAGUGCAUUCGGAAAAUAAUUUGGGAGGACAUUUUCCCAAGGAUUCAGCUCUGGGAGUUUUUCCAAGUAGACGUUCACAAAACAGUUGAACAAUUUAGAACACUUCUCAUUCAAGAAAACAAGAGAGUAACUAAAUCUGAUCCAAAGGAACAUCUUAAAAUUAUUCAGGACCCUGAAUACAGACGGCUCGGCUGUGCUGUCGAUAUGAGCAUCGCACUGGCGACUUUUGUACCGCAUGACGCCGGGCCAGCUGCAAUUGAAGAGUGCUGUAACUCCUUCCGGAAGAGACUUGAGGAGUUGAAUGCAGAGAAGCACCACCUCACCAGCUGCCACCAGGAACAGGCCGUUAAUUGUCUCUUGGGAAACGUGUUUUAUGAACGACUGGCUGGCCAUGGCCCUAAACUAGGACCCGUCACUAGAAAACAUCCUUUAGUUACCAGGUAUUUUACUUUCCCCUUUGAAGAAAUGGCCUUAUGCACAGAAGAGUCCAUGAUGCACCUCCCAGAUAAAGCUUGCUUCCUGAUGGCACACAAUGGAUGGGUGAUGGGCGAUGAUCCCCUUCGCAACUUCGCUGAGCCAGGCUCAGAGGUUUAUUUAAGGAGAGAACUGAUUUGCUGGGGUGACAGUGUUAAACUGCGCUAUGGGAAUAAGCCGGAGGACUGUCCUUAUCUGUGGGCACACAUGAAGAAAUACACUGAGAUAACUGCCACUUACUUCCAGGGAGUGCGUCUUGACAACUGCCACUCCACACCUCUUCACGUGGCUGAGUACAUGCUGGAUGCUGCUAGAAAAUUACAGCCCAAUCUUUAUGUAGUGGCUGAGCUGUUCACAGGAAGCGAAGAGCUGGACAAUAUCUUUGUUACUAGACUGGGCAUCAGUUCCUUAAUAAGAGAGGCCAUGAGCGCAUAUAACAGUCAUGAAGAGGGCAGAUUAGUUUACCGAUACGGAGGGGAGCCUGUCGGAUCCUUUGUGCAGCCCUCUUUGAGGCCUCUGAUGCCAGCUAUUGCGCAUGCCCUGUUUAUGGACAUCACCCACGACAAUGAGUGUCCCAUUGUGCACAGAUCAGCCUACGAUGCUCUUCCAAGUACCACGAUUGUCUCCAUGGCGUGUUGUGCUAGUGGAAGUACAAGAGGCUAUGAUGAGCUAGUGCCCCAUCAGAUCUCAGUGGUUGCUGAAGAACGAUUUUAUACUAAAUGGAAUGCUGGGGCAACGCCGUCAAAUGCAGGAGAUGUUAAUGUCCAGAGUGGGAUCAUUGCAGCCAGAUGUGCCAUCAAUAGACUCCAUCAAGAGCUGGGAGCCAAGGGUUUCAUUCAAGUGUACGUGGACCAAGUGGACGAAGACAUAGUGGCGGUCACAAGGCACUCACCGAGCAUCCACCAGUCGGUUGUCGCUGUGUCCAGGACUGCUUUUAGGAACCCCAAGACGUCAUUUUACAGCAAAGAAGUGCCUCAAAUGUGCAUCCCUGGCAAAAUUGAAGAAGUAGUUCUUGAAGCUAGAACAGUUGAGAGGAAUACAAAACCGUAUAAAAAAGAUGAGAGUUCAAUCAAUGGGAUGCCGAAUGUGACGGUGGAAUUCAGAGAGCACAUCCAGCUUCAUGAAAGUAAAAUUGUCAAACAGGCUGGAGUUUCUACAAAGGGUCCCAAUGAAUAUAUUCAGGAAAUAGAAUUUGAAAAUCUAUCACCAGGAAGUGUUAUCAUAUUCAGAGUUAGUCUUGAUCCACAUGCUCAAGUCGCUGUCGGAAUUCUUCGAAAUCACCUGACCCAGUUCAGCUCUCUAUUUAAAUCUGGAAGCCUUGCUGUUGACAACUCAAAUCCUAUAUUAAAAACCCCCUUCGCUUCCAUUGCCUCUAAAUUGACUUUGGCUGAGCUGAAUCAGGUACUUUACCGAUGUGAAUCAGAAGAACAGGAAGAUGGUGGAGGAUGUUAUAACAUACCAAACUGGUCAUCCCUUAAGUAUGCAGGACUUCAAGGAUUAAUGUCCGUGUUGGCAGAAAUAAGACCAAAGAAUGACUUGGGACAUCCAUUCUGUGAAAAUUUGAGGUCUGGAGAUUGGAUGAUUGACUAUGUCAGUGGCCGGCUUAUUUCACGAUCAGGAAAUAUUGCUGAAGUUGGUAAAUGGUUGCAGGCUAUGUUCUUCUACCUGAAGCAGAUCCCACGAUACCUUAUCCCCUGUUACUUUGAUGCUAUAUUAAUUGGUGCAUACACCACUCUGCUGGAUGUAGCAUGGAAGCAGAUGUCAAGCUUUGUUCGGAACGGUUCAACCUUCGUGAAACACCUUUCCCUGGGUUCCGUCCAGAUGUGUGGAGUGGGGAAGUGCCCUUGUCUGCCACUUCUGUCUCCCGCGCUCCCGGAUGUGCCCUACAGGCUAAACGAGAUCACGAAGGAGAAGGAGCAGUGCUGUGUCUCCUUGGCUGCAGGCUUGCCUCACUUCUCUUCCGGUCUUUUCCGCUGCUGGGGGAGGGACACUUUCAUCUCAUUCCGAGGGAUGCUGCUGCUUACCGGACGCUACAUAGAAGCCCGGAAUAUUAUUUUAGCCUUUGCUGGUACCCUGAGGCACGGUCUUAUUCCUAACCUUCUGGGUGAAGGAACCUAUGCCAGGUACAACUGUCGGGAUGCCGUGUGGUGGUGGCUACAGUGUAUUCAGGACUAUUGUAAUAUGGUUCCAAACGGUCUAGACAUCCUCAAAUGCCCAGUUUCCAGAAUGUAUCCAACGGACGAUUCUGCACCUUUGCCUGCUGGGACACUGGAUCAACCAUUGUUUGAAGUAAUACAGGAAGCUAUGCAAAGGCACAUGCAGGGCAUUCAGUUCCGAGAGAGGAAUGCUGGUCCACAGAUAGACCGGAACAUGAAAGAUGAGGGUUUCAAUAUAACUGCAGGGGUUGAUGAGGAAACGGGAUUUGUCUAUGGAGGAAAUCGUUUCAACUGUGGCACAUGGAUGGAUAAAAUGGGAGAAAGUGACCGAGCUAGAAACAGAGGAAUCCCAGCCACCCCAAGAGACGGGUCUGCUGUGGAAAUCGUGGGCAUGUGUAAAUCUGCUGUUCGCUGGUUGCUGGAAUUGUCCAGGAGAAAUAUUUUCCCUUAUAAUGAAGUGAGAGUGAGAAGACAUGGAAAAAUUGUAACAGUCUCAUAUGAUGAGUGGAACAGAAAAAUACAGAACAGCUUUGAAAAGCUGUUUCAUGUUUCUGAAGACCCUUCAGACCCUAAUGAGAAGCAUCCGAAUCUGGUUCACAAACGUGGCAUCUACAAGGACAGCUAUGGAGCAUCAAGUCCUUGGUGUGACUAUCAGCUCAGGCCUAAUUUUACCAUAGCAAUGGUCGUGGCCCCUGAGCUCUUUACUGCUGAAAAAGCUUGGAAGGCUUUGGAAAUUGCAGAAAAAAAAUUGCUUGGUCCCCUUGGCAUGAAAACUUUAGAUCCAGAUGAUCUGGUUUACUGUGGAGUUUAUGAUAAUGACCUAGACAAUGACAACUACAAUCUCGCUAAAGGUUUCAAUUACCACCAAGGACCUGAGUGGCUGUGGCCUAUUGGGUAUUUCCUUCGUGCAAAGUUGUAUUUUUCCAAAUUGAUGGGCCCAGAGACUGCUGUGAAGACUGUAUUUUUGGUUAAAAAUGUCCUUUCCAGACAUUAUGUUCAUCUUGAGAGAUCCCCAUGGAAAGGACUUCCAGAACUCACCAAUGAGAAUGGCCAGUACUGUCCUUUCAGCUGUGAAACGCAAGCAUGGUCUAUGGCCACUGCUCUUGAGACCAUCUAUGAUUUAUAGUUGGCUCAUAGAUAUGUAGGAAGUGUGUGAACACUUGAUAUAAAUGCAAUCUCAUAUGAAAUAGAAGCUCAGCUCAUUUUAAAAAUCUCACUCAUAGCCGGGAGCUGGUGGCGCACGCCUUUAAUCCCAACAUUUGGGAGGUAGAGGCAGGUAGAUCUCUGUGAGUUCAAGGUCAGCCUGUUCUACAGAGCGAGAUCCAGGACAGCCAGGGCUACACAGAGAAACCCUGUUUCCAAAAACCAAAAAUCAAAACAAACAAACAAAAAAUUAGUGACUUUUAUUUUUCUCUUUUUGACUUUCUUUUCUUAAAGAGUAUCAUGUGUGCCACCACACCCAGUGUGUGCAGUACUGGGGACGACACCCAGGGCCUUAUGCUGUUAGGCAAGCACUCUACCAGCUGAGCUACAUCCCCUGCCUAUUUUUUUUUUUACAUUGUUUUGAUUUGAAUCAAAGAAAAAUGGUUGUUUCCUAUAGAAGGUUACUGCUAUUGUGUUCAGAAAGAAUUCUUCAAUUCAGAGUGAAAAAAGAAAUUGUGCAUCAUCUUCAAUUUGUACAAGUGUGGAGUGGACAAAUGGAGACGUGCUCUUAAGUCCUGCUGUGUAUGGGCACUCUCCAUAGACUGUGUUUCACUACUGGCUACCAUUUGGUACAGCAUUCUCAAUGCCUUGCAUAAUGCAGUCAGUGCACAUUAGUAAUGCUUUAUGAGUGUAGAAGGAUGGAAGGAAUCUCCUGCAGUCUAUGUUCAUAAAUGGAACACAGAGCUUCAAAAUGUGCUUUAUUUUUCACUGGUAAGUUAUGUUUUCAAUAGAAUGAAUGCCAACUAUAGUUAACAUAGCAUAUUUACAUUAAAGAUUAAUUGGAUAUAUGAAACAGAGCAUUAGGACAUAAAACAAUGCUGUAAAAUUAGUCAUGACUCAUUCCAAUUUCCCAUUAUGAGGUAGUGUACAUUUUCAAAAUGGAAAUUACUGGGCAUAUUUAUGACAAUUUUACAGUGGAAAGAAAGCUUAGAGAUGAAGCUUAGUGGCAGAGUGCGUACCUAGCAUGUGUUAGAGCCCGGAAUUCUAUCCCCAAAGCCAUCAAGAGAGAAGGGAGGGGACGUAUGAAGGGGGAGGAGAGAGAGGAAGGAUUUCAAAUAUAGCCAUAUUAGCUUAUCUACAGUAGGGUCACGACCCACCUCAGAAAAUGCUUCAGCAGGUACAGUGCUCCUCUUGAGGAUUAUUAAUGAAAGAACAGUGCUGUGUGUUGCAUGGUCUGUGGAAGUCUCAGAAGGUGUCUGACAUUAUCCCAGCCACAGGAGUUAAAGUGAUGCUUUUA